AAAUCACAAUUUGUGAGAAAAUCUAGUAUCUCUGCGUCUUAAAUAGCUUGUGUUAAACCAUGAAUUAGAAAGCAAACCAAACCAAACCAAAAACUCAAACACAUGGGAACAUGAAGCGAGUUCUUUCCGUCUAGGUGUGUGUCUGUCUAUAUGGACAUAAAUUUUCUUCCUGUGAAAUUGACUGUACGCUAAUUAAUAAGGCACCCACUUUUUAUCUUUUUCCUUUUCCUUUUCUUUUCCCCAUUUAUUAUGGCAGAAGCUUAAGGUAGCAUAGACAAACCAACGUGUGCUUUGGCUUGUGGAGUUGUGGGCUAAUAAAUUUGAAGUCAAUCAAAAGUUGGCUACAACUAUGCAAACAGAAAUCAUCUCUUCGUUACAGAGAGAGAGAGAGAGAGAAGUUUAUCCUUGAGUUAAUAAUGAUAUAAAUAAAGAGAAGAAAGAGAAAAAGAAGAGAGAAUGGAUGUGAGGAACAUUGCUGUGGUGGUGGAAGAUGUGGAUGCAGCUAGAACUGCACUACAAUGGGCACUUCACAACAUCAUUCGCUAUGGCGACAUAAUCACACUCCUCCAUGUCUACCCUUUAACAAGAUCCAAAACAAAAAACAAAGCUCGUCUUCUUCGCCUCAAGGGCUUCCAGUUAGCACUUUCCUUCCAACAAGACAUUUGCAACAACUUCUCCAAUAUUUUGCUUGUUCAAAUGGGUAUGUGCUAUAAUCUUAGGAUUGUGUUACAGACAAAGGUUGAGAUUGUUGUCACGGAAGAUAACCGGGAGGGAAUGAAAAUUGUGGCCACGGUGCGUGAGCUCGGAGCUUCCAUGCUAGUGGUUGGACUUCAUGAUCAUAGUUUUCUUUACAGCUUGUCAAUGGUCCAUAACAACGUAGCUAACUACUUUAACUGUAGAGUGCUUGCCAUCAAUCAGCCUCUUGCUUCCCCAGUCAGUCCAACGAUGGGAGUCCAAGGCAGUUCAACCAACAUGGACUUUUCACAUAUUCACAUCUCUGCCUUACAAGUGCCUGAAACCCCUCAACCAAAGAUAAAAUACCGGAUUUGCCCUGAUCCGACUGCAAUUAUUUGUCGGUUAAGGUGGUCAAGGAGUAGAAGAUGAAUAGAAGGUCAACACCUCAACCAUCUCUCCAAACUUACCCACUCAAUUGGAUAACAAAAUUUUCUUUUAAUUAAAUUCAGACCAUCAUCUUUAAAAAGAAAUCUUAUAUAUUACAUUAAAAAGAAGAGUGUAAUUAGCUUGUAAGUGUUGCUUGUAACUAUUUAUUUUUAUUCUGUAUAU